UUUCUAAACUCUAAACUACUUAUAAAACCUCACACUCCUCUCACACCUCACAAACACAAUGACCGGCCGGAAAACUCCACCGGAAGUCGCCGUACAGAUGUCAGAGACCAAAGCCACGUCAGACACUACGUCAGCUGGUCCUCAACUAGCUUUAGCUAGCAGAAAGCCAGAGGUCUUGCAUGUCAUUUUACGUGUACUAUGUGUUUUAACCUCAGUAACUGCACUUUCACUAAUGGUGACUGCUAAACAAUCCGGAGAUAUUUCUAUUUAUGGCUUUCAUCUUCCUCUCUACUCCAAGUGGUCUUUCUCUGAUUCCUUUGUGUAUGUAGUUGGAGUUUGUGGAGCAGUUGCAGCUCACUCCUUAAUUCAGUUGCUAAUCAGCGGCGUUAGAGUUAUGCAGAGAUCUCCAGUUGUUCUUUCACGCAAUCAUGCAUGGCUCAUUUUUGCUGGUGAUCAGAUAUUUACAUAUGCACUCAUAAGUGCUGGAUCAGCCGCAUCAGGCGUUACCAACUUGAACCGCACAGGGGUUCAUCAUUCAGCUCUACCAAAUUUUUGCAAGCCCUUGCGACAUUUCUGUGACCGUGUUGCAGUCUCAAUAGCGCUCACCUUCUUCAGCUGCUUCCUGAUUGCCAUUUCAACCGUUCUUGAUGUAAUUUGCAUAUCUAAAUUCUAAAUGUCCUUGAUUUCUCUAUAUUUAUAGAAUGUACAUGUUGAAGUCGGCGCCUCAGCACAUAAUUGCUGCUAUUUUGUUAUUAAUAUUAGCUAUGGCAUAUUAUGCUGCAGACAAGUGGAAUGUAAAUCAUAAAUAACGAUUCAGCCUUUCUCGUC